AUGUUACCCGAAUCGAGUAAAGGUAUAAAGCCAGAAACAAAAGGAAAAAAUAACGUUCAAAAGACUGAUAAGAGGCGAAACUCUCUAACAGACUCGUCGAGCUUUUCUACAUCUUCUACUAGCAGCAGCGUGGAUAGUGACGAGGCUAUCAAUUGGCUAGGAACAUUGCGUGAGACAAAAGGCACUAUGACGGUACCUGCGGAAGUUCUUUCCAAUUCGGACGAGGUGGAUACAAAAAGUGACUUGAACAAGCUUCGUCGUGUUGUGCGUACCGAUAAUUCACCAGUGGAAGAAUUUCGUCGUACUAUGGGUUUCAAAAGCUUGGCAGACGAUCAUCCUGUAAACGACAAAGUUGAAAACGUUGAAGAUGAAAAAGGUGUCAAGCAUAUAGCUCAAACGAAAAAGCGAGCUGACAAAACUCGCAAAGAGCGAGAAAAGAAAGAGAAACUGGAGCGUGAGAGAGCAGUUUAUCUCCAGAAGAGAAUGAAGGAUUAUGAAGCGAAUAAACAAACACUACUCUUCGAAUGUGAAAAGGAACGGUGCCUUAGGGAAGUGGUUAGGUGUACUCAGCGUCGUGGGCAGUACACUCUUGGUCCUGUCCAUUACGGGACAAACAGCAUAAUGACAUCCGUUCACUCCCAUGGACAAAGGCCGAUUGAAAAGGUUCGUGCUGCCAAAGAAGAGGAAAAACUUCGAGCAUGUGUUGGCUUUGGAAUUGCUGCAACAGGAAUAUACGAUUACCUUCCAAGGAUAGCUAAUUCAAGGAAUGUUAAACCGAUUUAUUAUUCCGAAAUUGUUGGGGCUCACAAAGAGAACUGGAGAGAAGCUUAUCAAGAUUCAUAUCUGAAAGAGCACAAUCACAUUGGACCACUGUAUGUGGAAAAAGACGCCCUGGAAGGUGUUGCGAAGUCAAUGGAACUUGUGGCUUCUAUGUUCGAUUCUGUGCUUUCGAAUAAGUGGCUAAGGAAGUUGUUGUUGUCUGUAUUACAAGGACAGGUGCAAAAGGUUUGGCGGCGCCUCCAAAUAAUUGUUGAAGUAUUAAGUGGAUAUGAAGCUGACAACAACCGUUACAAAGCACUUGGACUUCCGGCUAUGCUUGAACACAUUAUGCAGGUUUGCUCGUCGUGUCGUCGUUUUUCCUUUUUUUUUCACUUCAAAAGACAUAUGAGGCUCUCUAAAGUUAUGUAUUUUGCACGUACGUUGUAG